AUGAUUAUCAAAGAAUACCGCGUCACGCUUCCCCUAACAGUAGAAGAGUACCAAGUAGCGCAAUUAUAUUGCGUGGCUGAGGUAUCGAAAAACGAAACCGGUGGCGGUGAAGGCAUCGAGGUCAUAAAGAAUGAACCUUUCAAAGACCAUCCUCUUCUCGGUGGCAAAUACUCCUCAGGCCAGUACACAUACAAGAUUUACCACUUGGCGUCGAAGGUACCGGCCUUCAUCAGGCUUCUGGCGCCGAAGGGUUCAUUAGAAGUGCACGAAGAAGCGUGGAACGCCUACCCUUACUGCCGGACCGUGCUCACGAAUCCGGGCUACAUGAAAGACAACUUUGUUAUCUGCAUAGAAUCAUUGCACGUGCCCGAUGCGGGAGAACAGUAUAAUGUGCACGAACUGUCCCCAGAGAAAUUAAAGAACCGCGAGGUCGUUCACAUAGACAUCGCGAACGACCCCCUCCCGACUGCGGAUUACAAGCCGGAGACUGACCCGACCAAGUUCAAGUCAAAGAAAACCGGCCGCGGCCCCCUCGUGGGCCCCUCAUGGAAGAACGAAAUCAACCCGGUCAUGACUUGCUACAAGCUUGUCACAGCUGAGUUCAAGUGGUUUGGACUACAGAGUAAAGUAGAAAACGUGAUCCAUAAAUCGGAAAGGCGGCUGUUCACCAUCUUUCACAGACAAGUGUUCUGCUCGAUGGACGACUGGUUCGGCAUGACGAUGGCGGACAUCCGCGCCAUCGAGGAGCGCACCAAGGAGGAGCUGGAGCGGCUCCGGCGCGAGGGGGAGGUGCGCGGCAUGCGCGCAGAGAACGAGUAG